AUGGCUCACUCCUCGGCCGCCAACGGCCCUGGCUACCAAACAUACGCAGUUCCUCUGGCAGACGGAAAGAGGAAGCGGGCUACUGCGGACAGCCAGUCAGAACCGGCUGAACCCAAUGCGACUCCCAGCACAGCGCAUCUAAAGAGGAGUCGCCCCAACGAAAAUGAGUACAACGCCAAGUACAUGGCUGAGAUGUGCUUCAGCGCGUACAAGGCGCGCUUACACACCGCCGGCUACUCGCAGUAUACUUCCGACGUUGCGAACGACUGGCGAGAGGAUCUUGUCGAGUUGUUCAGCCACGCGGCGUUGAAAGGAACCAUGAAGCAGAAUGCCGCGGCUCGUCAUGUCAUCCCUCGUCUGACAACUCUCAUCCCUCAAAAGAACCAAAAGAAGGGCGCGCUUGUGAAGGACUUUGCGAAGCACUACGAGACUGUGCGAAAUGACAUGAUAGUCAUCGACAGAGUCAUGGGAAAUGGCUUCAAGGUCAACGAACAAUCCAUCGUCGAAGUACGCGAGUGUCUCAACGGCCUACACUAUAUUCUCGCCAAAGGAGAGCAAUGGCGCAACGUCAUGCCUUACACACCGCUGCCAAUGUACCGGCUUCGAGCCCUCCGCGACCUGAUAAAGUACUCACGACCGCACCACCUCCUCGGCGAUCUGGUCACCAACAUUGAAGAAAUGGAAGGUUGGCUCAGCCCGCCACCUGCGAGCUUUAGCUUCCCAACUGGGCCGAUCGACGAGACGAUAGAGGCGUUGCAGAAAGCAACCGAGGACAAGAUUGCGAGGACCAGCAUUGGCCCCGACGCACAGCAGAUGGCAGAAUACCGAGCGCAAAAGGCGGAAGCCCUACGUCUGCAGAAAGAGGAACAGGCCCGUCAACAAGAGAAGGAACGACUUGGCGAAGUCCAGCGAGUUCAAGCAGAGCGAGAUCAGCUGAAGCAACAGAUCAAGUCGCUCGAGAUGACCGCCGCAAAGGAACGCGCUCAAGAGAGUGUGAAGAAGGUCGGGGAAGCUGCAGCAACAGCUCAACGCGAGAAAUCGUACCAAGAUCAGAUCGCGCAACAAACAACUGAGAUCAACAAGCUCAAAACCGACAUAGUCAACCUGUCUGCUAAGCCGGCAGCGCAAAAUAAGCCCGAAGCCACUACGACAUCGUCACUUCCAGUCACUGCAGGACAGACUGGCACUCCAAUGAACUCUUCUUUCAGUAGCAAUCAGACUGCCAACAGUAGCUUCUACCAGCCAAAGAGCUCUCUAGGCACUUCCUUCGGAAGCUCUAUAAAUGGUGGGUCGUAUGGGCAGCUCGGUUCAUUCGGCCAAGUUUCACAUCAUCCUACGCCGAAAGACGACGACGUUCAAAUGACGGACGCUCUACGGGUUGAUAGCUCGCAGCAACACCCUGGCUUUGGUCCGUUCGAUCCUUCCACGAUAAUUACACGCGGUGUGGGCCAGUCAAACCCCUUCAAUGCUCGCAUCACCAACGGCGCUCCCUCACAACCCUUCGGAAUGUCAGCCGGCGACAGCAACUUCAAGUCGGCUUGCCCAGCAUACAAGAAAGGGACCUACAUCAUAAACCACAUCCAAGCCAUCCAACAAAACUGGUUCAUCCACCCCUCGACCUCAGAAGAACCCAUUCUCCCAGCCUCACUCCUCGCCGGCGUGCCCAUCAACUGCCUUCCGGCCCCAAUUAUCCAAGCCAUCCACGAACUCUCCACCCUAACAAUCGGCCAACGAGACCGAGCGCACAACUUACUAAACACCUACUUCCAAGCGCGUAUCCGCGAAGGCUCAUACAGUGGCAAGUCCCAAAAGAUCUUCGCCAUCUUGGAAAUCAGCGAUGUGAAAAAAGCAUGUGAAAGUCUACGAAGGAUGAGCCGAGGACGCGAAAUGCAAGGGCCCGUUCCAAUCAAAGAAGAUGAAACGAGGAAGAGGAAGUACUCGAUUAGACAGGAGAUUGCAGACGAAGAAGACGAAGACGCACAAAGACUAGCGAAACGACUGAAAGAAGAACUAUGCGUAAUCUCCGAAGACGACAACACCACUACCAACAAUAACGAGGAGCCAAGCACGCCAAUCUGCAUCAACUUCGACGAUAUACCCACGCCACCAGAUUCACAAGCAACGAUAACAGCAACACUUCCUUCCACGACCACCACACCCCAGACGCAGCGCCGCUCUCGGCCCCCUCCCAUUGUCAUUGCCGAGAUACCCACGCCUACAGCUACAUCGCCUGGUAUUGUCCCACCGUUCUCUUCUUUCACGCCCUUGUUUAAUAGCCUGGCUCGGGAGUUUGGCGGAGAUCCGGAUACGCCGUGUCCGGUACGACAGAACACUUACGAACCCCCACAAUCAGAUCUCCUUAACAUUGCGGAUGACGGUUACGGUCACGACAAACUCACCAGCAACGAUAAUAAUGCAAACGGCACUCUCUUCGAGUCAUACAUGCGCGAUACAUAUCCAGCGCCGAGGAUAGAUCCUCGUGUCCAGGCAGGGCAGAGAGCAACGCAUGAGUUUAACGUGAGGAGGAUGGAGGUGAUUGAGGCGCAGAGAGUGUUUGAGGAGGCGAGGAGGAGGUUUGGAGAGGCGAAGCGGAGGAUGGAAAGCGUGAGAGGAGGGGCGGUGUGGCGGUGA